UUGGGGCGGGGAAUCCCGCCCCGCCCCUCCCGAGCGGCGCAAACAUGGCGGCGGCUGGCACCGGCCGCUGAGGCGGUACCGGGCGGGGGCUGUCGGGUGUCAUGGGCGGUGGCCGCGGCACCGCCCCAGCGUCUCCCUGAGCGGGACGGCUGGAGGGGCCUCUGCGCCGAGCCUGGCGAUGGACGAGAGCGGCGAGCUGGGCGGUCUGGAGACCAUGGAAACGCUCACCGAGCUGGGCGAAGAGCUGACCCUGAGGGACAUCGACGAGAUGCUGCAGUUUGUCAGCAAUCAAGUGGGAGAGUUCCCUGAUUUGUUCUCAGAGCAGCUAUGUAGCUCCUUCCAAGGCAGUGGCAGUGGCAGCAACGGUGUGGGCAGUGGGGGCACAGCCGGGGACCCCUCCGUGCAGCGGUCCUUCAGCCAGACCCCAUUACCUUCCUUCUCUCCCUCAGCCGCCUCCCCCCAGGCUCCAGCCCUGCAGGUCAAGGUUUCCCCCACCCCUGUCCCCACCCCGCCUAGAGCAACUCCCAUUCUCCAGCCCCGCCCCCAGCCCCAGCCCCAGCCCCAGCCUCAGCCUCAGCCUCCAGCUCAGCUGCAGCAACAGACGGUGAUGAUCACCCCGACCUUCAGCACCGCUCCCCAGACAAGGAUCAUCCAGCAGCCUUUGAUAUACCAGAAUGCAGCUACCAGCUUUCAAGUCCUUCAGCCUCAAGUACAAAGCCUAGUGACAUCCUCCCAGGUGCAGCCAGUCACCAUCCAGCAGCAGGUGCAGACGAUGCAGGCCCAGCGGGUGCUGACGCAGACAGCCAAUGGCACGCUGCAGACCCUUGCUCCAGCCACCGUGCAGACAGUUGCUGCGCCCCAGGUGCAGCAGGUCCCGGUCCUGGUACAGCCUCAGAUCAUCAAGACUGAUUCCCUUGUUUUGACCACACUGAAAACAGAUGGCAGUCCUGUCAUGGCCGCAGUCCAGAACCCAGCCCUCACUGCCCUCACCACCCCCAUCCAGACAGCAGCCCUUCAAGUACCAACUCUGGUGGGCAGCAGUGGGACUAUUCUGACCACAAUGCCUGUGAUGAUGGGACAAGAGAAAGUGCCCAUUAAGCAGGUACCCGGGGGAGUCAAGCAGUUCGAGCCCCCCAAAGAAGGAGAAAGGCGGACAACACACAACAUCAUUGAGAAGCGGUACCGCUCCUCCAUCAAUGACAAAAUCAUCGAGUUGAAGGACUUGGUCAUGGGGACAGAUGCCAAGAUGCACAAGUCUGGUGUUCUGAGGAAGGCCAUUGACUACAUCAAGUACUUGCAGCAGGUCAAUCAUAAACUGCGCCAGGAGAACAUGGUGCUGAAGCUAGCAAAUCAGAAGAACAAGUUCCUAAAGGGCAUUGACCUAGGCAGCCUGGUGGACAAUGAUGUGGACCUGAAGAUCGAUGACUUCAAUCAAAAUGUCCUUCUGAUGUCCCCUCCGGCCUCUGACUCAGGGUCCCAGGCUGGCUUCUCCCCCUACUCCAUCGACUCUGAGCCAGGAAGCCCUCUGUUGGAUGAUGCAAAGGUCAAAGAUGAGCCGGACUCUCCUCCUGUAGCGCUGGGCAUGGUGGACCGCUCGCGAAUUCUGCUGUGUGUCCUCACCUUCCUGUGCCUCUCCUUUAACCCCCUGACUGCCCUGCUGCAGUGGGGAGGAGCCCGCAGCUCUGACCAGCACCCGUACUCAGGCUCUGGCCGCAGCAUACUGUCGCUUGAGUCAGGUUCUGGGGGCUGGUUUGACUGGAUGAUGUCAACGUUGCUCUUAUGGCUGGUGAAUGGUGUGAUUGUCCUGAGUGUCUUUGUGAAGCUACUGGUCCACGGGGAGCCAGUGAUCCAGCCACAUUCGCGCUCCUCAGUCACCUUUUGGAGGCACCGGAAGCAGGCAGACCUGGACCUUGCCAGGGGGGAUUUUGCAGCUGCUGCUGACAACCUUCAAACCUGCCUGUCGGUGUUGGGCCGGGCGCUGCCCACCUCGCGCCUGGACCUGGCCUGCAGCCUCUCCUGGAGUGUGAUCCGCUACAGUCUGCAGAAGCUGCACCUGGUGCGCUGGCUGCUCAAGAAGGUCUUCCAGCGCCGGCGGGCCACCUCAGCAGGCUUUGAGGACGAAGCUAAGACCAGCGCCCGAGAUGCAGCCCUGGCCUAUCACCGGCUGCACCAGCUGCAUAUCACAGGGAAGCUUCCUGCAGGAUCUGCCUGUUCAGAUGUACACAUGGCUUUGUGUGCUGUGAACCUGGCUGAAUGUGCAGAGGAGAAAAUCGCUCCCAGCACGCUGGUUGAGAUCCAUCUGACUGCCGCCAUGGGGCUCAAGACCCGAUGUGGAGGCAAGCUGGGCUUCCUGGCGAACUACUUCCUCAGUCGAGCCCAGAGCCUGUGUGGCCCCGAGCGCAAUGCUGUCCCUGACUCGCUGCGCUGGCUCUGCCACCCUCUGGGCCAGAAGUUUUUCAUGGAGCGGAGCUGGUCAGUGAAGUCUGCUGCCAAGGAGAGUUUGUACUGUGCCCAGAGGAACCCAGCUGACCCCGUUGCCCAGGUCCACCAGGCCUUCUGCAAGAACCUGCUAGAGCGAGCUGUGGAGUCCUUGGUGAAACCUCAGGCCAAGAAGAAGGCUGGAGACCAGGAAGAAGAGAGCUGUGAAUUCUCCAGUGCUCUGGAGAACCUGAAAUUACUUAACUCUUUUGUGGAUUCUGUGGGGAUGGUGACCCCCCCCUUCUCCAGCAGCUCCGUGCUCAAGUCAGCCCUCGGUCCAGACAUUGUCUGUCGGUGGUGGGCGUCUGCGAUCACAAUGGCCAUCAGCUGGCUCCAGGGAGAUGACUUGGCUGUGCGCACUCAUUUUACUGAAGUAGAGCACGUCCCCAAGGCCCUGGAAGUGACAGAGAGCCCCCUGGUGAAAGCUGUCCUCCACACAUGCAGAGCUAUGCAUGCCUCGUUCUCCGGGAAGGCAGAUGGGCAGCAGAGUUCCUUCUGCCACUGUGAGAGGGCCAGCAGCCACCUGUGGAGCAGCCUCAACGUUAGCGGGGCCACCUGCGACCCCACCCUCAACCACGUGGUCCAGCUGCUGACCUGUGACCUGCUUCUAUCCCUGCGGACAUCACUCUGGCAAAAGCAGGCAGGAGCCAGCCAGGCCCUGGGUGAGGCCUACCACACCUCAGGUGCUGAGCUGGCCGGCUUCCAGCGGGACCUAGGCAGCCUGCGCAGGCUGGCACACAGCUUCCGUCCAGCCUACCGCAAGGUGUUCCUGCAUGAAGCCACCGUGCGCCUGAUGGCAGGGGCCAGCCCCACCCGCACCCACCAGCUGUUGGAGCACAGCCUGCGCCGGCGCACUGCCCAGAACGCCAAGCAUGGAGAGGCGGACACCUGGCCUGGCCAGCGAGAGCGGGCCACUGCCAUCCUGCUGGCCUGCCGCCACCUGCCCCUCUCCUUCCUCUCCUCCCCGGGGCAGCGGGCAGUGCUGCUGGCCGAGGCUGCCCGCACCCUGGAGAAGGUGGGCGACCGGCGCUCCUGCAACGACUGCCAGCAGAUGAUUGUCAAGCUGGGGGGUGGCACUGCCAUUGCCACCUCCUGACUCCCAGGCUUUGCCUGUUUGGGUCCGUCACCUCCCCCUGUCUUUUCUCCCAGCCUCUCUCUCUCUCCUCCCUGCCUGUCUCUCAGCCUCUCCCUCCUCUGUCUCAGCCUCUGUCCCUCCUCCCUGUCUCAGUUUCCCCCUCCUCCCUCUAGGAGCUGUGGGAUGAACCUGAGCUAUUUUGGGACCACCUCAGGCCAUUGGGCCCCUGGGCAGAGCCCCUGAAGCUGCUGUGGAUUGGUGCCCAUGGUCCAGGGCCCAGUGGGCCCAAGAGAGUAAGGGCUGGGUGGGCACGACUUGGGGGUCACUCUGACUUGAAAGCAGCAGGGGGAGCUCCCAAGCUGCUCAGCCCCUGCCCCCAGCCCUCCCAAGAUUCUCUUUCCUCUGAAUGCCUCUCCUGCCUUCCCUGCUUUCCUGUUUUUUUAUCAAGCUUUCCCUCUGGGGGUCAUAGGUCUCUGGGCACCAGAGUGCUUCACCCUUGUCACUGUGCCCAGCAGGCCCCCUCCCCCCUUUUAUAUGAAUGUUUUUAUAUCAGUGUGCUUGGGUUUGCCAUGAUGCAGGGCCAAGUUGCUGUGGCAUCUUUAUUUCUCUCUCUGGGUCUGUGUUCCCUCCCCUGUGCCUGACAAAGCCAGUUUGUUGUUUUCUCUUUAUUACACAGGACAGCCAGGGAAGGAGGGGCGCCCAGCUCUGGGGAGGCAGGGGGAGUUAGGGCACAGGCCUGGAGGUGGAUGAAAUAAUGUCGGCAUUAUUUUUGAAUUUUUUAAAAAAUAAAUGAUAUCUUAUUUAAUUGUCCUUUCCUUCCCACUCCCCCAACCCACUGGGAAGUCAGCCUAAGCUCAGGGUAAGCCCAGGGGGCUGGGAGAGAUGAAGUCACCCACUAGGGCCAGGGACCAGGGUCCUUCAGCAGGGGCUCUCAGUUCCCUCCACCCCAACUCCUACCUCCAUAGUCUAUUUUUAUCCCUAAUUCUUGACCUGAAAAUAAGCUCGGGUGGCAGGGAAUAGCCCCCAACCCCUUUCCAGGGUAGGCACAGUGUUGCUCAGGGUGGGCACUAGGAAUGAGGCUUCCUUCCCUGAUGGGUGUCUGGGAGAAAAAGCAGUCCCACUUUUCUAGUGCCCCUGGCUUGGUGCCUCUCCUGCGACCAUUUCUCCCAGGGCCUGAGGACUGCUUGCAACCCCAGAGCCCGCUGGGAGGCUAAGAGGGGUCUUCCUCCCCCCCUCCUUGUACUUUUCACCCCCUCAGGCUGGCUGGGGCAGAGAGUAGGCAGGGGCCCCAGCACAGAUUGCAGGGGAAGGGGGUUGGGAAUGCAACAGCAGCAGCUCCCCUGAAGCCAGGUGCAGGCUGGAAUGGGUCAACUUGGACCUUACCCACUUUCUUUCUCCCUGCCCCCUGCAGUACUCACUGUAAUUUAUGGCCCCUGCCCACUGGCUGAGCCAGCCCUUGUGUCAUGUGUAUAUACUGUGCCUUGUUGUUGUUUAGGGGUGGGAGGGGGUGGUUUUUCACUGAAAAGGGGGCUUCCUUGAUAUGGAGUCAUUCACCGUGUCCUGGACGUAUGCUGUUCAAUAAACAGUUUGGUACCACUCAG